UCCUCCUAUAGUAUAGUACAGAAACUAAAUUAUACGCGUGUGUGUGUGUGUGUGUGCUGUUGGGAUGUAGUGGGGAGUGUAAACUGUAACCCGAGCGCUUCAGUGCAGCAGCGCAGCGGCUGAUAAAGUCGAGCUCAGUCCCGAAAAGGAAACGCACAUUCCUCAAACUGCACACCGUGUAUAUGAACAUAUUACAGAGGUUUGGACGUGUGCGUCAGGAUGAAGGCCUCGGAAUGGCUCGUGUUUACCUGCUGCCUGUUCAGUCUGUGCGUAAUUGGAGAGACCUCAGAUGCAGAGAAUCAGCUACUGAAGCAGCUUUUCUCCUCUUACAAUGUCAAAGUGCGGCCAUCAAAAACACCAGAGAGCAAAGUAGUUGUGAGGAUUGGCAUGACCCUGUCAUCUUUCGUCAGUCUGAACAUGAAAGAUGAAGAGAUGAACACCAUCGUUAUCAUGAACCUGGAGUGGAACGAUCACCGUUUGUCUUGGAAUCCCAAAGACCAUGAUGGGAUUGACAUACUGCGAAUUCCCGCAGCAAAAAUGUGGCUCCCGGACAUCGUUCUAAUUAACAAUAACGAUGGUGUGUUCGAAGUGGCUCUACGCGUUCAUGUUCAGGUAUACAGUAAUGGCAGAGUGACAUGGACCCCUCCUGCCCUUUUCCGCAGCUCUUGUGCUGUAAAGGUGACAUACUUUCCAUUUGACUGGCAGAAUUGCACCAUGGUGUUCAAGUCAUUCACUUAUGACUCCUCUGAAAUGGAUCUUCAGUAUGCCCUUGACGAGAAAGGCAACGAGAUACGAGAGAUCAUCUAUGACACUGGUUUCAGUGAGAGCGGUGAAUGGCAUAUUCGUCACAAGCCUUCCAGGAAGAAUGUAAAGAAAGAUGACCUAUAUGAAGACAUCACCUUCUACCUGAUCAUCGAGCGCAAACCUAUGUACUAUGUAUUCAACAUCAUCCUGCCCUGCAUCCUCAUUACGAUCAUCGCCAUCUUCAACUUCUACCUGCCACCCGAUGCUGGAGAGAAGAUGGGUUUGUCCAUCAACGUGCUGCUGACCCUUACUGUCUUUCUGCUCCUGCUUGCUGAUAAAGUCCCCGAGACAUCUCUGGGUGUCCCCAUCAUCGUCAACUACCUGAUGUUCACCAUGAUCCUGGUGACGUGUUCUGUUAUUCUCAGUGUUGUGGUGUUGAAUCUGCACCACCGCUCACCAAGCACCCACCAUAUGCCCUUGUUGGUGCGCAAGAUUUUCAUCCACAUGCUGCCCCCGUAUCUGGGUCUCCUAAGGCCGAAAGUGGAGACACCGCUAUCUCUGGAGCGCCCACACAAGAAGGAGAACCUCAAAAGCAUCAGCCGGGCAGCAGACGAAUACUUCAUCCGCAAGCCCAACACCUGUGUGCUCUUUCCUAAGCCCAACAGGUACCAGCCAGACGGCCUGUGCACUGACCUGCGGAAGUUCAUUGAAGGCCCCAGUCACUACCUGACUCUGCCCCCUGAGCUGAAAUCGGCCGUGGAGGCGAUCUGCUACAUCGCUGGGCAGCUACAAGCUGAGAAAGACUAUGAAGCUUUAAAGGAAGACUGGCAGUAUGUGGCCAUGGUGGUCGAUCGACUCUUCCUCUGGAUCUUUGUUAUCUUCACCACUGUUGGAACAUUGGUCAUUUUUGCGUACGCAAGUUUUAAUGCUACUCCCACUGACCCCUUCAUGAGUCCUUGAUCCUACCGGUCAUCGCUUCGGACCUUUCAAACUCCACGGCACUAGGCAGUGUAUUACUUACAUACUGCUGGCUAUAGACAUUUAUUCACUUGGCAGAUGCUUUUAUAGUAAGUGAAGUGAUCUGCAAGGGAGGCAGUGUACCGUCUGGAUGUUAAAGAAGCUGACAGUGACACAUAAUAAUAUCACUACAUGCCAAGAACAAUAAGAGAGCAAUGUAAGUAACUGUAAGCAACACAGGUUUUAGACUCACUUCAGUGCUUUUAUGUUGUUUACUGAUAAUGUGUAUUGGAUUAUUGUUUCAGCCGUAUAAGGAAUUGUUUCUGUAGAAAUGUAUAUUGUUUUGAUAAAUUUAUGAG